UUAGUAAUAAAAAUCCGUUUUUGUGGGAUUAUAAUAAAUAGGUAGGAGUUCUCCAGUAUCGACGUCAAGUCGGUAAUAACCCUCGUUGGCAAUCCAUUUUUGAUCUCGACCACACUUCUCGAUAGUGAACAAUGAGAUUUCUUUUUCUUCUCCUGUUUCUUUCAAUUCGAAGAUAUGAAUUCUUAGGACAAAUGGAGCUCCAUGGUACAUCUCGGAGAAAUCACUACCAGUACCGGGAGGUACGAGACUAG